AUGCCAGACCCCGACGAGACCCGGCAGGGAAAGUCGAGGUCUUUGCGAGCGCACAUUUACCUUUCAUUCUCAAUCAAGAACCAUCAGCUACGAAAACAUCAUGACCACCCCACCCGGCACGAGCCACCAGGCAACCUGUCUGACCUUACCGGCGAUAACAAGGAUAAAUGGUCUAAGGACUAUAUUUCCCAUUGGAUGCAGGGUGAAAUCAAGGCUGAUCCUCGCGUUGUCGGUGCUGGCCGUACACCUUUGACCCAAUUCUUUGAUGGGACUGUCACACCGUUUAAUCAACAGGACAAACCGCUACCGGUCGAAUGGAAUGCAUUUCCUAAUCUGAUUAAAAGUUCAUACCCAGGGGAGCCUCUGUGGUGGCAAGUUGCUGACUCGUCCCGGGUGGUCCAGGACGAGUAUCUGGAGUGGUCGGUGAGCCGGGGUCCCCGAAAAUACAGUGGAGAUAUUUACCGUGUGACCUUUAGUGCGGAGGGGCCAGAAAAAGGCGACUUUCUCAAGCUGAUCAGAGAUCUCAACUCGGGCUUUGCCAGCCAAAUGAGUGACAGCGACUUUUUCCUCACCGACCCUAUGACCAAUAGCGAAGUCUACAAUCCUGGGAAUCAGUGGAAUUUAGUCAGUACGACGGGCACCAUUGCCCAUCUUGUCUGGCCGAACAACACCCUCUCAGCCGAGAUUGAUAUCGGCGCGCAGGCCAUGGUGAUCCGCAAGGAUGAUCAAGGUAACGUCAUCGAAGACAAGGACGACCUGAACAAUUGCUCCAAAUACGGCAACCCAGGCAGAAAUUCCGAUCCAAGUAUCGGAAAGGCAAUCAACGGCUUGGGUCGCAAAGGUGCAAGCCUCAUCGUUGCUGAGCCAGCUGCGCUUGACAUCCGCAACUUCGACACGGGCAACUUUCAGUUUGACAUCAACAGCACAUCGGACCACGCCCUACCUGACCCUAAAGAUCUGAAGCCGAUUGAGAGACCGAAAGAGGUGUUCCAGUGGCAGCGGGGCGACAUCAGCACCAAACACGGCCUUCAGAUCCAGACGAGGCCCAAGCGGCACAUCAAGUACGGGGAUCGAUUUGCCGACUACCUCACCAUGGGAAUCAGCGCCAUGGGUGUGAAGGGCAAAGCGGCGAGCCCUGAGAAAUGCUACCAGCCUUCAACCAAGGCUGCUGCCUCGGUGAAACCAUCCUGUGCGGAGUUCGAUGGCUUUGCCCAUCCCGGAUUCGUGGGUGCCCCUGGUUCGUCUCGUGCUUCGGCCAACGCUCUAGUACAUGAACAGGAAAUUGUAAACCGAACAGGGUAA